GUUCAAAUCAGACAGUUGGAAUCUUGAUGUUUGAGAAAGCAGAAUUGAAGACAGCACUGUAUCACACUGAAUGUGCUCCCAGGCAGUUUGAAGGAGAGUCCACGGAUCUGGCCAGCCGCCUGCAGUAUUUGCAGCAGUUUACGGGAGAGUUGGAACGAACUCUCUUUGCUGUCUCCACGCAGCAGAAGAACAUGGAUAGGGUGAGUCGUACAGCCUGCCCCAUCCCCUGGCAGCCCAGCUUCCCAGAUGGAGGAGUUGAAGCUGGUUAUGAAGCUCUUGAUGCUAACCAGCAGUUACAGCAGGCCAUGGAGGAGCGGGCACAGCUGGAAGCACACCUGGGGCAGGUGAUGGAGUUACUGAAACAACUACAGAUGGAGAAAGAUCAACACGCUGAGAAUCUGAAAGGAGAGAGCACUUUGUGUUGGCAGAGGAUGCGGGAGAUGUCAGAGGAGCUGAAUCCUCACCCCUGGAGCCCCCAGUAGGGGGCACAGCCCUCAUGUGAAGUGGCACUUCUGAAGGGACCUGUGAGCCAGAGCCCUGCUUUGAUGGCUGUGGGCGAGAGAGGAUCAUUUUUCUGAUCUGCCUCCAUCCUUCCCUGUGCCAUGGGAGGCAGACACCAAGUUCUGGGGUCUCCAGCUGCAGCAGCAGCUACAAGCAGAGGCUGAGCACCUGUGGAAGGAGCUGGAGAGUGUGGCAGGACAGCUCCAGUGGGCCCACAUGCAAGACAAUGAGGGCUUGAAACGCCUGAACUGGGAGCAGGAGGAGAGGCUGCUGGAGCUGAGCUCUGAGGGGAGCAGGCGGAGGUACGCAGGCAAACCCUGGGGACCAUGCAGAACGACCUCACCACCAUCAGCCCUGCACUCUCCCAGAACCCUGAGCUCAAGGAGCAACUGCAGAGAGCAGCUUUGUAAAACUGGUGCAUCCCACCUGGGGAGACUGUCCUCCUCCCUAGCCCUCCAAGACUUUGUUUCCCCACCUGUUAAGUGGGGGCAGUGUAGCCCUCAUGUGAAGUGACACUUCUGAAGGGACCUGUGAGCCAGAGCCCUGCUUUGAUGGCUGUGGGGGAGAGGGGAUCAUUUUUCUAAACUGCCUCCAUCCUUCCCGGUGCCAUGGGAGGCAGACACCAAGUUCUGGGAUCUCCAGCUGCAGUGGGAGGCGUGAUUGCUUGUCUCUGUCCAGAACAAUGAGAACAUGGAGAUCACCAGUGCACUUUAGUCUGAGCAGCACAUCAAGGAGGAGCUGCCAGAGAAGCUGGGACCUUCUCAUCAACCGAGAGCCUGCAACAACUCUCCCAACAGCUCAAUGGCGUUGCUUCUGAGGUACUUCAGAAAUUGUGGCCCAGAGGGGAGUGCGGGGAGAAGGAAAGUAUGAUAGAAAGAAGCUGAGGCAGGGAUCACAAGAGAGAAGGAAGAUCCUGGGACCAGCCGAUUUGCUGGGCAAUGUUGAGGAAGUUGCCUCUUCCCUGAGGCUUCUUCCUUGAAGCUGUUCAUAUGAAGGAGUUGGACCCUGUGGCUGGUUACAUCAUUUUAUGUAACCUCCUGUAGAAACACCGGAUGAGAGCUGCUUGGGAGGGAAGGAUGGCGGGGAGAUAAGAACCAUGAAAGAAGUUGGCACAAAGAGGUUACAGGAUGAAGGGUCCAAGUUAUGCAGAAAAGAAAAUGUUGCCAGUUGUUGGGGAAGAAAGGAAGUCAGAGGGCUCAGACACUGCGGGGACAGAAGAUCUCCAUGCGCACCCUCAUCUCUUGUAGUCAGCAACACGUAUCUAUGCGGAGGGUCCUGCAUCAUCUGCUACCUUGAAGGAUCUGGAGGAAAAGCAAGAAAGCCAGCAAAACCAGGGAGCCCUAAAGAGGCAAUUACAGGUUCAAAUCAGGUAACUGGAAUUUUGAUGUUUGAGAAAGCAGAAUUGAAUACAGCACUGUAUCACACUGAACAUGCUGCCAGGCAGUUUGAAGAAGAGGCCGAGGAUCUGGCCAGCCAUCUGCAGUAUUCCUGGAAGCAUGUGGGUGAGUUGCAACGGGAGGAGAGGAAGGCAGAUAGGUACAACAACCAGUUAACCGGAGACAGUGAUGCCCUCAGGCUGAAGUUAUACAAGAACAGCAACAGCAAUAAGGAGCUGAAGCAGGAGAACUCAGCUUUGGCAGAGCAGCUUCCAGUUGUACUGACUGACAAGGCAGGGAUGCAGCGUAACUUGGAGGAGCUGAAAAAGAAACUAGAACUCACUGACCUCACGCUUCAACAGUUGUCUAGCUGGUGUGAAGGCCCUAAUGCUAACCAGCAGUUACAGCAGCCCAUGGAGGAAUGGGCACAGCUGGUCUACCUGGGGCAGGUGAUGGAGUGGCUGAAGUAUCUGCAAAUGGAGAGAGACCAGUAUGCCCAGUAUCUGCACGGAGAGAGUGCCAUGUGGUGGCAGAGGAUGCGGGAGAUGUCAGAGAAGGUGCACACGUUGAGGGAGGAGAGGGCACAUAGCAUGAGUCGAGUACAGGAACUGGAGACGAGCUUGGCUGAACUAAGGAAUCAGAUGGCUGAACCCCCACCCCCGGAGCCCCCAGCAGGGCCCUCCGAGGUGGAGCAGCAGCUACAAACAGAGGCUGAGCACGUGCGGAAGGAGCCGGAGAAUCUGGAGGAGAGGUUGCUGGAACAAGAGGAGAGGCUGUUGGAGCUGGAGCGGAAGGCCGAGCUCUGGGAGGAGCAGGUGGAGGCGCUCAGGCAAACCGUGCAGAACGACCGUACCACCAUCAGCCGCGCGCUCUCCCGGAAACACGAACUGAAGAAGCAUCUGGGCGAGCUGAAGGAGAUGGUAACCCUCGCCCAACUCAAGAAGGGCAGGGAGGUGGAAUCUGGAAGCCAGCCACCGCUUGACCUCACACCCAGCGUCUUCCUGCAGGUGGAGCUGAAGAGCCAAGAGGCUCAGAGCCUGCCGCAGCAGCGAAACCAGUGCCGGGGCCACCUGCAGCCGUACUGUCAGCAGCUGAUCUCUGAGAAAGAGGCACUGCACAGGCAGUUACUUCUGCAGAUCCAGCUCGUGGACCAGCUGCAGCACCAGAGAAAAGAAAACUUGGCUUUAGCCAGUGCCGAAGAGGAGCAGGCACAGCCACAUGGGCGGCUGAAAGAGCAAAGGGUGCACUGCCAGCGCCCUCACCUGGUGGCCUUGGCCCAAAAGCAGCCAGAGGCGGCCACCUCAGCCCCAGGGACUGGGGGCGAUUCGUGUGGGCAGAGCCAUGGGGCCUUGCAGGGGACCAUGGAGAAGCUGCAGAGCUGCUUUAUGGAGCUUAUGCGGGAGAAGGAGUGGGUGGAGAAACUGGAAUGUCGCUGCAUUCAGCUGUCUGGAGAAACAGGCACCAUCAGUGAGCGAGAGGCCGGGGCACGGCCGGCGGAGCUGCAGGGUGGUCAGAGGGGCCCCAGUGUCUGAGCCCUGUCCUCCUGCAGGAAAGUACAUCACAUCAUACCAGAGCCAGAGGUCAGUGCUGAAGACGUGGCACCAGGAGGAUGAGUACGUAAGCAGGUUGGCCCAGGACAAGGAGGAGAUGAAGGUGACGCUGCUGGAGCUGGUGUUGCAGCUUAUGGGCGGCCACAACGAGUGGCAUGGCAGAUUCCUGGCAGUUGCCCAGAACCCUGCUGAUGAGCCCGCUCCAGGGGACCCAGCCCCCCAGGAGAUUGGGGCUGCCGACUCGCAGGGUGGAAUAAAUAGCUUUUGGCCAUA